AUGGCUGUGCCACCAACGCCAGCAAACGGAGGUGCUGAGCAUCCUCCCCAGAAUUCGAUGUGGCGGACAGGUCUUCUUUAUGGAAUAGUGGCUCUCCUCAUGUUCUCUUCUCUCGGCACUAAAGACACCGGUCGCGCCAAGAGUAGUGGCGAAGCACGGUUGAGCGGAGGAGAUCAUGAUGGAGCAAAGCAAAUGAGCUUACAAUACACUCCCUUUGCCAAAAGAGGCGACUCGUACUCCAUUAUUAUUACAUCUGGCAAUGAUGGUGUAUUUGCGGAGGACAUAUUUCAAGAUCUUAUUCUGGAUGAUAACACUCGCGACGUGUCACGACAAUACACCGUUGAUUUGCGCCGCUGCCAUGCUGAAAACCGCAGCGUCAGCCUCACCAUUAAAACAAGCAAUCCCGUGGAAGGGAAUACGUUCAGGAGUUUCCCUUAG